UAGAAAUGAUUUUAUUUGAUGUUUUUACGCACAUUGAAAAUGAUAACUUUAUGUAUAGUAUGUUUAGCAUAACACGGUUGUAUUCUCAUUGGUUAUUCAUGAGCGGUAUAAUCCAAUCAGAAUAGACUUUUAACCGAUAGUUUAGCUCAUUCAAUUUUACCUUGUUAUUUCGUUUCGUUUUAUAGAAUAUAUUUAUGAUUGAAUGUAUUCUGUAUUUUAUUGACACAACAUAACCAAAUUAAUAAUCUGUUUUAAUGUAAAUUAUUUUUCAAAUAUACAAUGUCUAUUGAAAUAGAAUCUGCUGAUGUGAUUCGUUUGAUACAACAAUAUUUGAAAGAAUCUAAUCUUGUAAAAACAUUACAAACUUUACAGGAGGAAACAGGAGUAUCACUUAAUACAGUGGAUAGUGUAGAUGGAUUUGUGGCUGAUAUAAAUAAUGGUCACUGGGACACAGUGCUUAAAGCUAUACAAUCUUUGAAGUUACCUGAUAAAAAACUGAUAGAUUUAUAUGAGCAGGUUGUUUUAGAAUUAAUUGAAUUGAGAGAAUUGGGAGCAGCACGUUCUUUGUUAAGGCAAACAGAUCCUAUGAUUAUGAUGAAACAACAAGAACCUGAAAGAUACAUACAUCUGGAGAAUCUGCUUGCUCGUUCAUAUUUUGAUCCACGUGAAGCUUAUCCAGAUGGAAGUACAAAAGAGAAAAGAAGAGCUUAUAUAGCAACUGCACUUGCAGGAGAAGUUUCUGUAGUACCUUCUAGCAGAUUGCUUGCUCUUUUGGGUCAAGCAUUAAAAUGGCAACAACAUCAAGGUUUAUUGCCACCAGGAACAACGAUAGAUUUAUUUAGAGGAAAAGCAGCAGUGAGAGAUCAAGAGGAUGAAAAAUACCCUACACAGUUAUCGAAGCAAAUCAAAUUUGGACAAAAAUCACAUGUAGAAUGUGCUCGUUUUUCACCAGAUGGUCAAUAUUUGGUCACUGGAUCUGUAGAUGGUUUUAUCGAAGUUUGGAAUUUCACAACAGGGAAAAUAAGAAAAGAUUUGAAAUAUCAAGCUCAAGAUAAUUUUAUGAUGAUGGAACAAGCUGUUUUAUCAAUGUCUUUUAGUCGUGAUAGUGAAAUGUUAGCAGGAGGUGGGCAAGAUGGAAAAAUGAAAGUAUGGAGAGUACAAAGUGGUCAAUGUCUAAGGAGAUUUGAAAAAGCACAUUCAAAAGGCGUUACUUGUUUACAAUUUAGUAGAGAUAAUAGUCAAAUUUUGUCAGCUUCAUUUGACACCACUAUAAGAAUACACGGAUUGAAGUCUGGUAAAACUCUUAAGGAAUUUCGAGGGCACACUUCAUUUGUCAAUGAGGUUGUAUUUGCACCUGACGGUCAUAAUAUUAUUAGUGCUUCCUCAGAUGGUACUGUAAAGGUUUGGAGUUUAAAAACAACAGAGUGCAUAGGAACUUAUAAAUCUUUGGGUGCUGCCGAUUUAACAGUAAACAGUGUACAUCCUCUUCCACGAAAUCCAGAACAUUUUGUUGUUUGUAAUCGAUCAAAUACUGUAGUUAUUAUGAAUAUGCAAGGACAGAUAGUAAGGUCAUUUUCGAGUGGUAAACGAGAAGGUGGAGACUUUGUAUGUACGGUUGUAAGUCCACGCGGUGAAUUCAUUUAUUGUGUUGGCGAAGAUCUCGUACUUUAUUGUUUUUCCACAUCAUCUGGCAAAUUGGAGAGAACUCUUAACGUACAUGAUAAGGACGUAAUCGGUUUAGCGCAUCAUCCUCAUCAGAACUUGUUAUGUUCGUACAGUGAAGAUGGAUUAUUAAAGCUAUGGAAGCCAUGAACAGAAUGAAUGAUUUGCAUAUAAUACACGCACUCAUUCCGUAUGGAUGUCUCGAGUUAGAAAUCGUGGGAAUUGCAGAUUGCGGCGAGAUUGAGGACAGGACGGGCGCAGGUAAAGGAAAAGAAGGAGGAGAAAGAGAAGAAGGAUGAGAGGAAGAAAGGAAGACAGAAAGAAAGGAAGGAAGGAAGGGACGGUGAGAGGGCAAAUGGACGGCAAGGGUGAGGGACGGUUGAACGAUGGCUAAACUCUUCUCCUUCUGGUCCAUCGCAUGCAGCAGAAAUUUGAGAGGGAUAAUGACCCUCUUUCUACUCUCCUCACCUUCAAUAGUCCUCUUUUUCUCUCUCUUUCUCACCCUUUAAUGUAGAUGGCAGUUUGUUUACAAUGCGAUUUAACCAAUAUACUAUUGUUCUUAAUCUGAUCGAUAGCGUCGCGUGAAAUUGAAUGAACGAAUCAUCCUAUUUACGAUAAAAAGAAAAGAGAGGAAGGGAUAUAAAAGAAGAAUGCUUUAAUGAAUAAUGAAAAGAAAAGUACAAAUAUAUAUUUCGUAUAAAAUGAAUAUCUUUACCUAACUGAUGAAUUCUUCCCGAUUUGACUGUCGGAACGAUUAACACUUAAUAGUCGGCAGAAGUACAGGCUAUAAAAAAAUGAAAAAGAAAAAGUAAAGAAGCUUCGGAGAAUGACGGCAAGAAUAGGUCCGGGUGCCAUUCUCCUAUGUACGACGUAUCUUCAACGCGAUACGGGUGUGCUCAUCGACGCCGUGCGAUAAUUGGAGCCUCCAAAGAGAAAAGUAUUCCUCGAACGAUCGUCGUCUCUCGACGCUAUAGUAAUUUAGCAGGUAGCAAAGGAACAGAAA